GAACCUCGUCGCUCGCCGUAGACCAGGAAGUGGUUUAAAGUCAUCCACCAUGGGGGCACGGGUCGGGCGAAUGCUGCGAAAUGUCAACCUGGAAAAUCGGGCGCUUCGGGAAAUUUCCAAGGAAAAGCCAAAGGUAGCGCCCCGACAUGCGGUGAAUGUUCCUCCUCCCGCGGCCAGUCCUGACGUGACGGAGUCGGUGAAACAGAAGAGCGAGUCCCUGCAGGUCCUGCUCAGGUCCGUGUACGUGGAGUCCAGAGAUCCCGCUUCUACAGAGGCAUCCAAGGAGGCGACGGUGGGUGAGGAAGUGGAGCGGAGGCCUCUCCGCGUUAACUUCCCAGUAAAUGCGUUGGGCCUGGUGGAGCUCACAGAUGUUCCCAAAGGCAAACUAAGCCUUCCAGAAGCUCUGAAGGUCCUUGGAGGUCACCAGCACCAGCCCCAAACCUGGACGCCUGAAAAGGUCGCACAGGAAUAUUCCCUCGAGUUAAAAGACACCAGAGCUCUCCUAGAGUUUUUCAUCCCAUUUAGGAUGGAGAUCAUACCUCCCAAGACUGGAACUGCACGGCAGAUUAAGGCUUCUUAGGACUGGAGUCUUCCUGCUCACUUAUUCUUAGACUUCUGGGUUUUGCUUUGGGAGAAGAACUUGGUUUUCCAUGUGUUCCCUGUGAGUUUUGUUGGAAUUUGGAACGAUGGAAGGUUCCUAACCUAUGUGAAGGCUCAGAAAAGCUGGUAUUAACACAAGCUAGUUGGAGCUUCUACAUUGCUGCUGGAAGAGCACUCUGGUUCUUCUGUUUCAACCUGUGUGUGUCCCCUUCACAAUAACGGUUUGUGAUUUAGCUUCUUGUGUCACUCUGGAGCGGCUUCCUUUAUAACAUCAGAUUGUACAUUCAAACAUCAGGUCCGGCUCCGACUAAAUAAAAAAGUGAAACGUAAUAAAAACUGGAUUCAUUA